AUGAAACACUCGUUUACGUUGACCGCUCUUGCGAGCACUGUAUCAGCCAAAUAUUGGGGCCCUUACCACAGCCCUACCUACUCAAAUGCUUCCUUAUCCUUCGAUGCAACCAUCAGCGUCAAUGCCGAGCAGCGCUAUCAAACCAUGAUUGGCGGUGGAUGCUCAGGUGCAUUCGGCGCGGCCUGUACUACCAACACUCUCUCGGCAGCCGACCAGGAUACGGUCGUCAGGACACUUUUCGACGAAAACAUCGGUGCUUUGUCCAUACUCCGCAACCUAAUUGGAUCUUCUCCCGGCGCGACCAUACUUCCUACCUGUCCCGCUACUCCCGCCGGCCCAUUCAACUAUACCUUCCCUGGCAACAACGACAGCUGUCAGUUGACUUUGGCUCAAAAUGCGCUCAGGUAUAACCCGGAUCUCUAUCUGUACGCAGAUGCUUGGUCGGCUCCAGGCUGCUUCAAGACGACUGGGCAGGAAGCUGGCGGUGGUUUCAUCUGUGGUGUCAGACGCUCGAACUGUACCUAUGACUGGCGUGAGGCCUAUGCCAACUACCUGAUCGAAUACGUUAAGCUUUAUCAACAACGUGGCAUCAAGGUUUCUCUGUUGGGUGCCUACAACGAACCCGACUUCAACCCCGUCACCUACUCUGCGAUGUUGUCUGAUGGUUACCAGGCCUAUGACUUCCUGAGCAUCUUGUACCCGAUGGUCAAGAAGGCUUUCCCCAGCCUGGCUGUGUCCUGCUGUGACUCAACCGGUGCUCGCCAACAGCGUGACCUUCUGUACGAACUUGGCCGCCUUGGUGGAAAGACUCUUUUCGAUGUCAACACGUAUCACAACUACCAGUCCGAUAUCAAGAGACCUUUUGACGAUCUUCUUGCCGGACAACCUACCAUCGAGACUGAAUGGAGUGAUGGUGGCAAUACCUGGACCAGGACCUGGGAUGUUACAGGAAACAACUUCGAGGGCUUCCAAUGGGCUAUCUACAUGCAUAAUGCAUUCCGUAAUGGAGUGAGUGGCUGGAAUCACUGGUGGUGUUCUUGGACUGGGCCUACAGAUGCCGCCCUUGUCCAGGUCAAUGGCACCGGUUAUGAAGUCUCCGCUCGCCUGUGGGCUUUUGCUGGUUACUUCCGUUUCGCACGCCCUGGUGCUGUGCGCUUGUUCACCGAUAGCAGUGUUGAAGAGGUCUAUGUCACUGCAUGGCAGAACAAGAACGGCACCAUUGCCAUUCCUGUCAUCAACGCUGCGCAUUACACAUACACGUUGGACGUACAGCUGUCCGCCACAAAUGUGUCCAUAGCGACCGCGUACUUGACUGACAACGAACACAACGUUACCCAGGCUGAGCAGUUCACCUUCGAAGGAGGCAGGUUCACUGCUCAGAUCGAGCCCAGGGCCAUGAAGACAUUCUUCCUGGAAGAGGCAGCUUAG